CAGAUGCGGGGCACCCAUCGCGAAGGACCCCGGCCGCCCUUCCGUCUGACGCGGUGUUUACACAUUAAUAAUAAUAAUUCUGUUUUCUGACAAUUCUAGUCAUUUCUAUCGAUAUAAUGCCGUUGUUCGAAGGCCUGGGCAGCGGAGGCGAGAAGACAGCCGUGGUGAUUGAUUUAGGAGCGGCCUACACAAAAUGUGGUUUUGCCGGUGAGACGGGGCCGAGAUUCAUCAUUCCCAGUGAGAUCAAACGCUCCGGAUCUCCGGAGGCGGUUCGAGUCGUCCAGUACAACAUCAACACUGAGGAGCUCUACAGCAUCCUGAAGGAGUUCGUUCACCUGCUGUACUUCCGGCAUCUGCUGGUGAAUCCUCGGGACCGGCGCGUGGUGGUCGUUGAGUCCAUCCUCUGUCCUUCACACUUCAGAGAGACGCUCUCCAGAGUCUUCUUUAAGCACUACGAGGUGCCGUCGGUCCUGUUUGCUCCGAGUCAUCUGAUGUCCGUCAUGACUCUGGGCAUCCAGUCUGCUCUCGUCAUGGACUGUGGAUAUACAGAGACCCUGGUGUUACCAAUCUAUGAAGGCAUUCCGAUCCUGUCUGCGUGGGAAGCUCUACCGAUGGGAGGAAAAGCCAUUCAUAGGGAGCUUCACAGUCUGCUGAGUGAGCAGUGCACACUGGACACCGACUCUGGCACCGGACUCAGUCUGCCCACCGUCAUCAGCUCCAUUGCAGAGGAUGUUGUGGAGGAUAUCAAAGUGCGGACGUGUUUCGUCAGUGACCUGCAGAGGGGCAUGAAGAUCCAGGAGGCCAGAUUUAACCUGGACGGAUCUGCUGAGAGACCGGCUCCUCCCCCAGAUGUGGAGUAUCCAUUAGAUGGACAGAAGAUUCUGCAUGUUAAAGGAUCCAUCAGAGACUCUGUGGCUGAGAUGUUGUUCGAGCAGGACAAUGAGGAGAAAUCCAUCGCCACGCUGCUGCUGGACACUCUGGUGAAGUGUCCCAUCGACACUCGUAAGGUUCUGUCGGAGAACCUGGUGAUAAUCGGAGGUACGUCCAUGCUGCCCGGGUUCCUGCACCGACUCCUGUCUGAGAUCCGCUCGCUGGUGGAGAAACCCAAGUACCGUGAUGCUCUGGCUACCAAGAGCUUCCGAAUCCACAGCCCACCUGCCAAACCCAACUGCACCGCCUGGUUAGGAGGUGCUAUAUUUGGAGCAUUGCAGGACAUUUUAGGGAGUCGCUCGGUGUCCAGAGAUUACUACAACCAGAUGGGCCGCAUCCCAGACUGGUGUUGUCUCAGCACCCCGCUUCCGGAUUCAGUCUAUGAGGCGGGAAAGAACCAGCCGCCUCUCAUGAAGAGGGCCUUCUCCACCGAGAAAUGAACUGGACACUUCAAAUCUAGCU